UACAAAGUUUCUCGCACUGACUGACAAAGAGAUGGUCCGGAUUGGUUUUGUUCAUCCUGACCUAGGGAUAGGAGGAGCAGAGAGGCUAAUAGUGGACGCUGCUCUCUCCCUCCAGUCCCGCGGGCACCAGGUGGAGAUAUACACCUCUCACCAUGACCCGGGCCACUGCUUCAGUGAGACUAAAGACGGUACACUGGUAGUACAGGCCGUGGGGGAUUGGCUGCCCAGACACUGUCUCUAUAGAGGAUAUGCAUUGUUCGCUUAUAUAAGAGUCCUGUACGUCUCAUUGUACAUGAUAUUGACCUGUGGGCGGUUUGAUGUCAUCAUAACUGAUCAAGUAUCAGCCCCUAACUUGAUAUUUCGAUUGUUCACGCGCUCAAAGAUACUCUUUUACUGUCAUUUUCCUGAUCAGCUCCUAACGAAACGUGAAACGUUAUUGAAGCGACUGUAUCGCUGGCCGAUUGAUAAACUUGAGGAGAAGACGACAGGUCUGGCUCAUAGGAUAGUUGUUAAUAGUCUUUUCACUCGGUCGGUCUUUCAAGAUACCUUCAGUUCUCUGUCUCACAUAGUUCCAGCUGUUCUCUAUCCUUCAAUUAAUUUCUCUUCUUUUGAUCGUGACGUCUCCCUAGAACCAUCCCUCUCUGUUCUUCCAUCAGUUCCAGACCAGGUCUUGUUCUUAUCUAUCAAUCGUUACGAGAGAAAGAAGAACCUUUCUCUGGCUCUGAUGUCUUUUAAGAGCCUAAUGGAUGGACUUGAGGAUGAGGAGAAGGAGAGAGUUCAUCUUGUAAUGGCUGGAGGUUAUGAUGAGAGAGUCGUUGAAAAUAAAGAAUACUACUCUGAGUUGAAGCAGCUGGCAAAUGAUCUUGAGAUAAGUGAGAAGGUGACUUUCAUUCGGUCAUUCAGUGACAUUGAGAAGAUACAGCUCCUGAUUCAGUGCAGUGCUUUAUUGUACACGCCCACUAACGAACACUUUGGGAUCUGCCCUCUUGAAGCAAUGUACAUGCACCGUCCAGUGAUAGCCGUUAACACUGGAGGACCUUUAGAGACUGUUCUUGAUGGGGAGACUGGGUUCUUAGUGGACCCCACAGUGGAGGGAUUCUCUGAUAAGAUGAGAGUGUAUAUUCGUGAUGGUCAGGUCUUAAAGUCUCAAGGCUCUAAAGCAAGACGUCAUGUAGUGGAGAGGUUUUCAUUUGAAGCUUUCACUAACAACCUCAAUGACAUCAUUGACACAUUGCUAGAGUAAAGCGGACAGUACAACAAUCUAUUAUUCCUUAAUUAGUGUAUCAUUAUCAUUAUGAUGACUUUCAAUGUUUUUGUUUCACUUCUGAAGAUCAUAAACCCA